GCAGGGGAGGGACGCAGGCCCCUCUGGCCGCGGGCGGCUGCGCCCGGUCGGUUAGUCAGCUGGUCUGCCAGUCCUUGUGACUCGGCCGCCGGCUUCACCCUCGCCAUGGCACCCUGGCUGCCCCUGCUGUCGUUGCUGGGGCUGCUCCCGGGCGCUGCCCCCGCCCUGCCCCGCCGAGCCGCGGGCGCUCAGGCCUGGGAGGCCGAGUCGUCGGAGCUGCUGGCGCCUGCCCGCUUCGCCUUGGAGAUGUACAACCGCGGCCGGGCUGCUGGGACACGGGCCGCGCUGGGGGCCGUGCGCGGUCGCGUCCGCCGGGAGGGCCGCGGGUCGCUAUAUUCCCUUCAAGCGACGCUAGAGGAGGCUUGCAACGACCCCACGGUGUGCCAGCUCCCUGUGUCUAAGAAAACUCUGCUCUGCAGUUUCCAAGUCCUGGAAGAGCUAGGAAAACACACGCUGCUGAGGCGGGACUGUCGCCCUGUGGAUACCAAGAUUACAGAUGAAAAAAGCGGGAAUUUCCGUUCCUUCUCUCCACUGUUCAACAAGGACACCCUGCCCGAGGACUUUGUUAUGCAGGUAGCUUCAAUCUUCAAAGAAUUUGUCAUCACCUAUAACCGGACAUAUGAGACAAAGGAGGAAGCCCAGUGGCGCAUGUCUGUCUUUAUCAAUAACAUGAUGCGAGCACAGAAGAUCCAGGCCCUGGACCGUGGUACAGCUCGGUAUGGGGUCACCAAGUUCAGUGACCUCACAGAGGAGGAGUUCCGCACCAUCUACCUGAAUCCCCUCCUGAAAGAGUUGCGGAGCAAGAGGAUGCCCCUGGCCAUGUCCGUUAGCGGCCCCGCUCCACCUGAGUGGGACUGGAGGAAUAAGGGGGCUGUCACCAAAGUCAAGGACCAGGGCAUGUGUGGCUCCUGCUGGGCCUUCUCAGUUACAGGCAACGUGGAGGGCCAGUGGUUCCUGAAACGGGGGGAUCUGCUCUCCCUCUCUGAGCAGGAGCUCGUGGACUGUGACAAACUGGACAAGGCCUGCCUGGGCGGCUUGCCCUCCAAUGCCUACUCGGCCAUAAAGACUCUGGGAGGGCUGGAGACAGAGGACGACUACGGCUACAAUGGCCACUUGCAGACCUGCAACUUCUCUGCAGAGAAGGCCAAGGUCUACAUUAAUGACUCAGUGGAGCUCAGCCAGAAUGAGCAAAAGCUGGCGGCCUGGCUGGCCAAGAACGGUCCCAUCUCCAUCGCCAUCAAUGCCUUUGGCAUGCAGUUCUACCGCCAUGGGAUCUCCCACCCACUGCGGCCCCUCUGCAGCCCUUGGCUCAUUGACCAUGCCGUGCUACUCGUGGGCUAUGGCAACCGUUCUGACAUUCCCUUCUGGGCCAUCAAGAACAGCUGGGGCACUGACUGGGGUGAGGAGGGAUACUACUACUUGCAUCGUGGGUCCGGGGCCUGUGGCGUGAACAUCAUGGCCAGCUCAGCAGUGGUGAAUUGAGGAGCACCAGCUUGGACCUGGUGCUGACUAGAGCAGCCCCUUCCCCAGCCUGAGCCGCGUGUCCAGGCCCUUGUCCAGGAGGCGCAGCUGGCUGAGGGAUGGACACCGGGUACCUCAGGGUGAGCGAAGGGCACUGGCCUAGGGGCACAGCCUCUACCCUCCUCCACCCCACUCCCACUCUGAAGUUCCCAACUGCACCUUUGUUGAAUUGUGGUAGCUAGGAUGAUCUUGGGGUGAAGGAUGACGUCUUGGCAGCUGAAGCUCGGGCAAGAACCUUGGGCUUGGGUAAGGAGUAGGUGGGAAGCAAAUAUUUUUGCCUUAAAUCCAGCUGUCUUCACAAGCCCCAGUUUCCUGCCCUGGCUUUCCUUUGUGCGAUGCUAUAAAUUCUGGUCCUCCUGGAUUUGGGGACAGUGUUUCCUUACGUGUCUAGACGAACUGUUGUAACCACCCUUUUCUAAUAGCAAUAAAGAGGUAUCCUGAGCUCCA